UUUCAACACCACGGAUGAUGGGACGCAGACGGAGACGACAAUGUACAGCGCGACAGGAAUGAUGACCGAUGAGCCGUCCAUCUUCAAGACGAACCCUAACAUCUAUCAACAUGAAGUCCGCAACCACACCUUCAUGACGUGCACCACGCCCAUCCGGAAGUUGAACAUUGCCUGGCCUGAGCCACAGGAGGUUCAUUUGCGGCAGCUCACAGUCACGAACCUGGACACAGGGCUUUUCCAGCAGCACGAGUUCGAGAAGCUUGAGCUCUUCGGCUGGGCCUUCCCGGUGGUGGCCAACCAGCGCCUGCAGGUGAGACCCAACUUCUUGGGCAUGGACGUGACAGAAGCCGGCAUCCACUAUGGCUUCAGUGACCUCAUGGCAAUGAAGGAGAGCGAUGCUUUGAAGAACAAGCAGGUCGCUGAUCCGGAGUGGUUGCAGCUGCAGGUGGCCUUCUGGAUG